ACUUCUCUCUCGGAUCUCAACAGUUCAUGUGCUUAUAAAACGCUAAUUAAUAUUUUUAUUUUUGUCCUCAAAUAAAUUGAAAACAAACCCCAAAUAAUAAAAAAAAAAGUGAUUUUAGUCAAUCAGGACGAGCUUGAUACGAGAGAAGACGGCAUAAGAAUUUGUUAAGUUAGACGACAGUGCAGUUCAUCAAUUUGGGAAAAAAUUCACGAAAAUAAUUUUUGUAAAAAAAAGUGAUAAGAAGUUUGAUUUUUGUGUUUGUGAAUCAAUAAUUUGAAAAAAGAUAAAAUUGAAUGAUUAAAAUGAAAAUUUCAUCAAAUAUCAUUCUGAAAUUUACAGCAAUUGCGACAGUCUUUGGAUAUGCGUUAGCGCAGAAUUUUGACACGUCUUUCAUAAAAAAAUGUAGCCGAAGAGAUCCACAAUUGAAUGCAUGCCUCAAAAACACGUUCAAUCAUAUAAAACCUUAUUUAGUGCGUGGAAUCCCUGAAAUAGGCGUUCCCCCAAUAGAACCGCUUAAACUUGAUAACAUUGGUAUUGAGAAUAACGCUGGAAACAUUCGCAUCAAAGGAUCUUUCAAUAAUGUUGUUAAUGUCGGAGCAUCUAACUUUACAAUCAAAGAGAUUCGCAGCGAUCUGAAAAAACUUCGUCUCGAUCUUGGCCUUUACUUUCCAAAAAUCAAAUCAAAAGGCCGCUAUGAAGUCAAUGGACAAGUUCUACUCUUGCCGAUUGUGUCACGUGGAGAGUUUUAUGCUGAAUUCACUGACGUCAAUGCUAUAGGAAAACUUCAUGGGAAAGAAGUCAUCAAGGACAAUGAAACGUAUAUGACAGUCGAUAAGAUGGUUGUUGAUUUCGUCAUGAAAGGCGCACGCUUUCGAGUGAAAGAUCAAAGUCACCAACCUUUAAACGACGUCAUCAAUCAAUUCUUAAAUCAAAAUGCACACGAGCUUGUACAGGAAAUGCGAGUUCCAGCAUCACAAAGUUUAGCUAAGGUCCUCAAGAAAAUCAUCGAUGGAGCGUUCGUCAACCUUCCAAUGAAACUAUGGCUCACAGACUAAAAUUAAAAUUUUAUGACAUCUCACUAGAUAUUAGAGACUGUGGUAAUUACUUCUUUAACAAAAGAUUUCUCAAGAAUUUGACGUCGAUCAUUCAGAGAUUAAAAAAUCUUAAAACUCAAUCAAAUAACUUUUCAAAUUUUAUUCUUGUUUAAUGUUGGAAAAUGCUUUUUAUUAUUCAUU